CAUAUUUGAAGAGCAAAACGACUAAAAAAAAAAAACAUAUUUAGUGACCAACAUGACUAAUUAAAGAGACCAUUAGAGAUGUGUUUUCAAUUUGGAUGCAUUAUUACACAAGCAAGACCAAAUGACUGUUUUUACUUAGGAGGGAGAACAGAACAAUGUUGUAUCAACCACCGUUACAAUCAAGAAGAAUCCUGCUGGCUAUUCCCAGUUCCUCCUUUGAAAUCUGAAUUCACCAUAUUCCCAACUUGGAGAAAUCCUUACUUUUAGUAUUACCAUCAAUGUCUUCUCACUCACAACGAUGGAUAUACAAAGUGUUCAUCAAUUUUAGAGGCGAGGACACUCGUAAAAAUUUUGUUUCUCAUCUCGAUGCUGCUCUCUCAAACUUGGGAGUUAACACUUUUCUUGAUGAUGAGAACUUACUAAGGGAUACUGAACUCAGAGAAAAACUACUGAGCGCAAUAAGAGGAUCUCACUCAUAUCUCUAUUGUUAUUUACGAGCUUGAAGAAAUCAUGAAGCCAUGUUGUUUUUCCAGUGUUUUACGAUGUUGAUCCAUCAGACGGGUGCUUUUGGAAAUGCGUGCUAAAAAAUUAUACCAAGGGACGGCGGUUAUGGAUGCUUUGUCAAGGUGGAGGAAUGUGCUCAACCAAGCUGCAAACUUGUCUGGUUGGGAUGCUAACAAUUUCAGGAGUGAAGCUGAUCUGGUGAAGAAAAUUGUUAAGGAAGUUUUGACAAAACUAGACAGCACACACUUAUCUAUUACUGAAUUUCCAGUUGGUUUAGAAUCACGCGUCGAAGAAUUGAUUGAGUUUAUUGAUGAUCAAUCAAAUAAAGUUUGCAUGAUAGGGAUUUGGGGAAUGGGGGGAUCAGGUAAAACAACCACAGCAAAAGCCAUCUAUAAUCAAAUCAAUCGCAAAUUUGCAGAUAGAAGCUUCAUUGAAAACAUUAGAGAAAUCUGUGAAAAGGAUAAUACAGGGAUUAUUCGUUUGCAAGAACAACUACUUUCAGAUGUCUUAAAGAUAAAGGUGAAGAAGAUACAUAGUAUUACAUCGGGGACUACUAUGAUCGAGAAAAGACUUCGAGGGAAAACAGUCCUGGUUAUACUGGAUGAUGUGAGUAAGUUUGAGCAAAUAAAAGCCCUAUGUGGAAAUCGUAAAUGGUUUGGUACGGGAAGUGUAUUAAUUGUUACAACCAGAGAUGUACACCUACUUAAAUUGCUUAAAGUUGCACAUGUUUGUACAAUGAAGGAGAUGGAUGAAGAUGAGUCCCUUGAACUUUUCAGUUGGCAUGCUUUUAGAGAACCAAGUCCAACAAAAUACUUUACUGAACUCUCUAGAAAUGUUGUUGCUUACUGUGGAGGAUUGCCACUUGCUCUUGAAAUCCUUGGAUCUUACUUAUAUGGAAGGACAAAAAGAGAAUGGACAAGUGUAUUGUCAAAACUAGAGAGAAUUCCUAAUGACCAAGUACAAGAGAAACUAAGAAUAAGCUAUGACGGUUUAAAGGAUGAUAUGGAAAAGGAUAUAUUUCUUGACAUAUGUUUUUUCUUUAUCGGCAAGGACAGGGCCUAUGUUACCAAGAUACUAAAUGGGCGUGGACUUUAUGCUGACAUUGGAAUAACGGUUCUCGUAGAACGAAGCCUUGUAAAAAUUGAAAAGAAUAACAAACUUGGAAUGCAUGAUCUGCUAAGAGACAUGGGAAGAGAAAUUGUCCGUCAGAGUUCAGUGAAAAAUCCAGGGAAACGUAGUCGAUUAUGGUUUCAUGAGGACGUGCAUGAUGUUUUGACAAAAAAUAUGGUAACAAAAACUGUGGAGGGAUUGGCGUUUAAGUUGCAAAGAACCGACAGAGUUUGCUUCAGUACUAAUUCUUUCAAGGAAAUGAAGAAACUAAGACUUUUACAACUUGAUUGUGUUAACCUCAUUGGAGACUAUGAUUGUUUUUCCAAUCAACUGAGAUGGGUCAAAUGGCAAGGAUUUACUUUCAACAAUAUACCGGAUGACUUUUAUCAGGGAAAUCUUGUUGCUAUGGACUUAAAACACAGCAAUAUUAGACAAGUUUGGAUUGAAACAACGUUGAUGGAGAAGCUUAAAUUUCUUAAUCUCAGUCAUUCUAAGUUCUUGAAAAACAGCCCCGACUUUUCAAAAUUAUGAAGGAUUGUCCAAACUUGUCUGAUAUACACCAGUCCAUUGGAAAUCUCAAUAGUCUUCUUCUGAUAAAUUUGAAGGACUGUACAAGUCUUAACAGUCUCCCAAAGAAGAUAUAUCAAUUGAAAUCUUUGAAAACUCUCAUCCUUUCUGGUUGUUCAAAGAUUGAAAACUUGGAAGAAAUAGUGCAAAUGGAAUCGUUGACAACACUGAUUGCAAAAGAUACAGGUGUAAAAGAGGUGCCCUGUUCAAUAGUAAGAUCGAAAAGCAUCGCAUAUAUAUCUCUAUGUGGAUAUGAAGGAUUAUCACAUGAAGUAUUUCCCUCUCUCAUUUGGUCUUAGAUGUCACCAACAAUGAAUUCUCUACCUCGCGUUUCCACAUUUGGAAACAUGGCUUUUUCUCUAACUUCCAUCAAUGUACAUAAUGUGGGGUUUCUAUCACCUGUGAUCAAGAGCCUUUCACAACUCAGAACUGUUUGGGUACAAUGCCGCUCAAAGAUUCAACUAACUCAAGAAUUACGAAGAAUUCUUGGUGGUCAAUAUGAUGCGAACUUUACCAAGUUGGAAACGUCACAUGCAUCACAAUUCUCAAAUCAUUCUUUGAGGUCGCUUUUGAUUAGAAUGGGAAGUUGCCACAUAGUUAUUGAUACUCUUGGCAAGAGCAUAUCACAGGAACCUACAACCAACAAUUAUAGUGAUUUGUUCCUUCCGGGUGGAAAUUAUCCUUCUUGGUUAGCCUAUACAGGUGAAGGACCUUCAGCACAAUUUCAAGUUCCUGAGGAUAUUGAUUGUCACAUGAAGGG